AAACAAAAUGGCGGCCACUACGGCAAACUGUAGUCCUCUGUUGAUGCGAUUACUUUCGGCAUCUGUUGCGGUUGCUAACAGAGCUGGCAAGAUAAUUAGGGAUAUUAUGAGUCGUGGAGACUUGGGUAUCGUAGAAAAGGGUGUUAACGAUCUCCAGACGGAAGCCGAUCGCUCCGUACAGAGAUGCAUCGUAACUUCCCUCUCGAGACAAUUUCCAAAAGUAUCGAUUAUUGGUGAAGAGGUGUUGGAUCCUCAAGAAACACUUGAUGAAGAAUGGGUCGUCAGCACCCUGGAUAAAGACGUAUUAACUAUUAAAUGUCCCCAAGAUCUACAGGCUGUGAAGGAAGAGGAUGUAGUUGUCUGGGUUGAUCCUCUGGAUGGAACAUCAGAGUACACUCAAGGACUGCUAGACCACGUGACAAUCCUCAUAGGAGUAGCAGUUAAUGGAAAGGCAGUGGGCGGAGUCAUUCACCAACCAUAUUACAACUACCAGAUCGAAAAGGAUCCCACCAAACUGGGUCGCACCAUGUGGGGAGUGUUGGGAGUCGGUGCCUUUGGAAUCGAGCGCAAGGAUCCUCCGGAGGGAAACGUCAUCACCACCACCCGGUCUCAUUCUAACGCGGCCAUUAAUUCCUGUCUGGAAGCACUCAAACCGGACAAUAUCCUCAGAGUGGGGGGAGCGGGACACAAGGUGAUUCUUCUCAUCGAAGGAAAGGCUCACGCUUACGUCUUUCCCAGUCCGGGAUGCAAGAAGUGGGACACUUGCGCUCCGGAAGCCCUGCUGCACGCCAUCGGCGGAAAGCUGACAGACGUCCACGGCAACCCUUUCGAGUAUCACGGUAAAGUCGAGCAUGUCAACUCGGGAGGCGUCUUGGCCACCUGCAGUGCCGGUAUCCACGAAUGGUAUCGCUCCCGCAUCCCUGAGGAUGUGUACGUCAAGUUGAACCCGGGGAGGUUCGUUCCCUACUUUUUUAGGUAUUGAGCCAAUUACCAUUCGAAGAUGUUUGAAUUUAGAUAUUAAUUAUUAGUGUAUUGUUAUACAUAAUGUAAACGAUGACGAUAUGAUAUUUUUGUAUAAAAUAUUCAGUAGGAUCAGAAAUCUGUAUUUUUUAAUAUUAAAAAUGUUAAUAAAAGUGUAAAAAUGAGUUUUCUUCUAAAUUUUAAAUUGAUCGCAUACAGUACUGUACGUCUUUGUUCUUAUGAUUUCAUUUGUUGCAGAAAAACUGGCAUAUUAAGGUUAACAUAAAAAUUAAAUGUUGGGUGUUAACAAAAAUACAUGUUGUACUUGUUUAUUGCAGAUGAAUUCUCUAGAUGCACCUGUCAAGUGGCAUGGUCGACGAGGCACAUGUUAUGGAGUGCCUAGUCUCGAGUUACGAGUAGCAACAUGAAUGUUAUCACAUGAUGCUACUUGUAGAUCUUGUCAAGUAAAACUCAUAAACUACAUGCAUCUGAAAUUUGAUACUAGGUUCUGACAAUGGCAACGUGAAGAUAUAUUAUAAUAUAACGUUUCAAAUAGUAGCUGUUCAGUUCGAGAUGAUUGAACAAAAGUAGAACUUGAGAGGAGUUUGGCAACACCAUAAAUCUAUGAUGCAAUAGGUGUGGCCAACUCUUGCCAAAUUCUAUUUGGGGUUUUCUAGCUGUAGUAAUGGGUAUUACUACAGCUAGAGCAGCGGUUCUUAACCUGUGGUGUGAGAGAAAUUUCAAAAAUUAAAAAAAAUAAACAAACAAGGCGACCAUGUUCUCCACAAACUGUGGUACCCAGCAACACGGCACCCCCACUUCUAUACUCUCUACUCCACAGUCUCUCAGCACAUAGCUCUUAUCAGCAGUUAAUGUAAUCACAUUGUCACGUGCAGUACAGAAACUAGUUGAGACAUGUUUGCAUUCCUUGAAUACAGCACUUUUGCACAUCAAAACAAAAGCCAGAAAUUGCUGAAAUGCAUCUGAUGACUUGUGUGUGGCUCUUUCAAAAAAAGAGCCUCGUUUUAAUAGAAUUAUUAUGAAUAAACAACAACCACCUAGCCAUUAAAAUUUA